GCUUGCUCAAGUGGCAGCGGUGAAUGGUGAGAGAUAAUCCUCGGCUCUACCACAGACACACAACAGGGCUGAGCUGUCUCUGGAUCUGGAUGCGGGCAUCCUUGGAUUCUGCUCUUAGCAAGGGCCCACUGCACGAAAACUUGACGGGACAACAAUGGUGCACGGCUCGGCGGCUAAAUCCUUGGCUGCUGGUCGUUUAGGGGGCCGGGGAUUGUGGUCAAUGUGACAUUCACUAGCACGCUGGUGUUGAGUUUAUUGUUCUGGUCCUAGACGCUGAGCAGCGAUUCUUCUGAGAAGAUGUUGAGCCGAUUCAUGAGUGGCAGCAUCAGGAAUCUUGAACGGGAAUACAGCUGUACCGUCAGACUGCUGGAUGAUACGGAAUACACGUGCACCAUUCAGCGGGACGCAAAGGGACAGUAUCUGUUUGACCUCAUCUGCCAUCAUCUCAAUUUGCUGGAGAAAGACUAUUUUGGCAUCAGAUAUGUGGAUCCAGACAAGCAGCGGCACUGGUUGGAGUUCUCAAAAUCAAUUGCAAAGCAAAUGAAAUCUCAGCCUCCAUUCACCAUGUGUCUGAGAGUCAAGUUCUACCCUCCUGAACCCGCCUCUCUAAAGGAGGAAAUCACUCGAUAUCUUGUCUUCCUGCAAAUCAAGAGAGACCUCUACCAUGGUCGGCUUCUGUGUAAAACCACGGAUGCGGCCAUGCUCGCUGCUCACAUCCUUCAAGCUGAGAUUGGUAAUUACGACCCUGGGAAGCAUCCUGAAGGUUACAGCUCCAAAUUUCAGUUUUUCCCAAAACAUUCGGAGAAGCUGGAGCGCCGGAUUUCAGACAUACACAAGACAGAGCUGAUUGGACAGACACCUGAAACAUCAGAGCGAAAUUUCCUGCAGAAAGCCCAGAUGCUGGAGACAUAUGGUGUUGAUCCACAUCCAUGCAAGGAUGUGUCUGGGAACCCAGCUUUCCUCGCCUUCACACCGUUUGGUUUUGUGGUGCUUCAGGGAAACAGGAGAGUUCAUUUUCUUAAAUGGAACGAAGUGACCAAACUGAAGUUCGAAGGCAAGAUCUUCCACGUACAUGCAAAUCAGAGGGAGGAUAAAAAGAUCAUCUUGACAUACUUUGCGCCCACGCCGGAGGCAUGCAAGCACCUUUGGAAGUGUGGAGUGGAGAACCAAGCUUUCUAUAAGCUUGAGAAGUCAAGUCAGGUUCGAACGGUGUCCAGCAGCAAUCUGUUCUUCAAGGGCAGCCGUUUCCGUUACAGUGGUCGAGUGGCAAAAGAGGUGAUGGAGCAGAGUGCCAAAAUCAAACGCGAACCUCCAGAAAUACACAGAGCUGGCCUCGUGCCCAGCAGAAGUUGUCCAUCCAUCACCCACGGGCCUCGCCUAACCAGUGUGCCACGCACACGCCGGAGAGCUGUGCACAUAUCUAUCAUGGAGGGUCUGGAGUCAUUGCGUGACAGUGCCCACUCUACACCAGUGCGUUCAGUGUCCCAUGGGGACUGCUUCAUGCCACGCUCCCGGAGCCAGGCCACGGACGCCGGUGAGAGGACCACGGUGAUCUCCGACGAGGCCUACAGCCCGUCUGACAGCGUCCUGCCCACCCCGGUUGCCGAGCACACCAUGGAGCUAGCUGUCUCGCGCCAGAUCAACGGGGCACCCUGCAGCAUCGAGGAGGAGAAGGAGUCGGAGGCGGGCACCCCAAUGCGCGGGGAAGGGGGUGAUUUUGGUGCGGACGGUAGAUCCGCACAGGAGGGUGCAGGGGGGGACUCGACCCUCAGCGAGGUGGAACAGGUGAAUAAAUUUGUCUUAAGUGUCCUCCGUUUGCUCCUUGUGACCAUUGGACUGCUCUUUGUCUUGCUCCUCCUCCUUAUCAUCCUCACCGAGUCAGACCUUGACAUUGCAUUUUUACGUGAUAUCCGCCAGACCCCUGAAUUUGAGCAGUUCCAUUACGAAUACUUUUGUCCCCUCAGGCGGUGGUUUGCCUGCAAGCUCCGCUGGGUGGGCGAGUUGCUCAUUAACAAGUGAGAGUGAGGUCGUAGAGUUCGUAAGCCCGUUCAGGGGUCUGAGAUGAUGGUUUAGGACUCCGGAGUGAUGGAGGGCAGCCUCGUCCCAACCAUGAACCCUGCUUGUCUCAUCAUCCUCCUGCAGACAUACAGCUCGGACCACUCCUGGUAACACCGGGGUUGGAUCUCUCUUCCCCUCCUCCACUUCUAAGGGGUUAACUCCUCCGGAGUUAACCCCUUACCCACCCAACCACCUCCUCGUUUUGCUUAUUUUCUUCUUCUUUUUCUACAAAGCCUAAGAACUUUUUUUUUGCAUUUUUUUUAUUUCAACUCAUUCAAGUAUUUUAUUUUUUCAAAUAACACAAAGGAAAAAAAAUUUAAACAGAAAUAUAGGAACUGAAGGAGUUUAAACGGUUCCUUUUUACAGGAACAGAAGAUUUUGCUGCAAUGGAUGAACGUUGCCUUCAUAUAUUAUUUAUUGCUUUUAAACAUGUGUUUGCAUAAGGAAAGGAGAAAAGAUGAACAGCAAUCGAGAAGUUGAGUUGUCAUUAAAAUGUAGAUGGAAGUGAGAUUUGUUAGAGUUGAUAGGCCUACUGCUGUGAAGUAUAUGUGAGGCAAAGUCUUUCGAUAUUGGUUCAUAACCAUCAGAAGUCAACUAGAAAAACAACAGAUUCAGAAAAAGCAGAACAAUCUUAAGGGAAUAAACCUUGAUAGCAGGUGGGGUGGUUACCUAAUACCUUUUUCAAGAAUAAGGCACCAAGCUGCAGAAAGGGUUGAUUUGUGGAUUGUUUGAAGACACAAUUACACUUUAGUAAACAGUGGUGUACAAAGUAAACUGAUGAAGAACAACCUUGUUUUUCUAACAUUUUAUAGGAAUUCAGUAAAAUAAACCAGUACCAAUCGUGUUUCAGAUUCAGAGAAAUAGAGAAAUAUUCAUGAAGAGCAAAGAUUAAUAGAUAAGUUUAGAUAGAUGUGCAAUGCUCAUAUGGUUUUAAUAAUUAAGUACUUUUGAAUGUG